AUGAGUUGCACAGAGUACGUGUGCUAUUUGCUUGGGUACUGUGACAAAAGGGCAAGCCAUAUUUACAGCCGAGUGCUCCCAUUUCUUCCACUUCAGCUGCAUUGGCAACAGUGUUACAUGGCUAUUACAAUUGCCCUAUUUGCCGUGCCAAAUGGAAUUGUCUCCCAUUCACCAUGCCCAAAUCCGACACUAACAUUCCUCUCCCACAAUUCCCUACUUCCUUCUCCAAUGUAUCUCAACAAUCGGUGCUGCCACCCCCUCCAUCUGAGCUCCAUUCCUGAGCGUUCCGUGAUUGCAGCUUCAGAAUCCAUCCUUCCAUUUGCAGUUCUUGUUGGAGUACGUGCACCUCCAUUACCAGAUAAUGCACGUCACCUUGAGCGUGCACCUAUUGACCUUGUUAUUGUACUAGAUAGAAUCUUUCCCUUGCGUAGAAUGACUAGCAAUGGCCGUGAAGAUGCUAAAAGGGCUGUGAUUCACUUCAAGCGACAAAAUCUCGAAUAUCUACAUCUUUUGCCUGGUUCCAUCUGUCCUAGAAACAGAGGAAGCCAAGAUGAAAGCCAACAUCAAACAUUUGUAGUCCACACAUUUGGUUUUGGUACAAAUCAUGAUCCUGUUGCCAUGCAUGCCAUUUUCGAUGAAUCAGGUGGCACCUUCUCCUUCAUCGAGUGGUCUUCUAAGCGUGAUGGUUCAAGAAAUGCAAAUAACUAUGAGAUCGCAUCAAAUGGUGUUGAAAUCAUAUCAAUUCCUUCAGGAAGAUAUGGAAGUGAAAUCUCUGAGCAAGGAUGUCCAGCAGUAAUCAACGUUGGGGACUUGUAUGCAGACGAGGAAAAAGAAUUUCUGAUCAGCUUGUCAGUUCCAGUACUUCGAGUUGCUAUAGAUGAAGAAAAUGAGGGAAAGACAUUACUUUUGGAUAUAAUGUGUUCUUAUAGAGAUGUUGUAUCAAAAGAGAUAGUGCGUGUAGAAGGUGACCUAGUCGAAAUACAUCGAUCGAAAGUUGUGCCCCCUGCAGAUACCACAGUUUACUUGGAAGUGGAUCGGCAGAGAAAUCGCCUGUCGGCAGCAGAAGGCAUUGCAGAGGCUCAAAGGAUUGCAGAGACUGGAAAUCUAAGUGAUGCUCGGGAUCUACUGACAACAAGGAGAACAAGAAUACGUGCUUCAAUAUCUGCCCAAGCAGGGGACUGUCUCAGUAUCUGGCUUGAAUCCGAGCUUAAAGAAACUGAACGAAGAAUGGGAAGUCGUCAGUUGUAUAGCCGAGCAGGGCGAGCUUAUGCACUCUCGGGAAUGAGCUCACAUGCUUAUCAAAGAGCUACAACUAGAGGGAGUGUAGUGCCGGGAGCCGAAGCACAGAGAGACACGGGCUCUGCUAGUGCUGUCCCUACUAAUUUAUCUGCUCCAGAUGCAAAUAAUGCUAGUUUUAGUGCAUACACAACUCCCAAUAUGGCCGAUAUGGUGAAUAAAUCUAUGCAACUCAACGAGUCAAGAGCUCCUGCUCCUGCUCCUGCUCCUGCUCCUGGCCCUGACUCCCACUCUGACUCCAACUCCACAUGA